UCGCUCGACGCGUCCAAUCAUACACACUGUGAUGUCAUCUCGUGUGUUACAUCUCACUCGCCAUUCAUGCUAUUUCGACACUCUCUGAUCUAGUCGAGCAUCUGCACUCUAGAGUAAACGUUGCACCAUGUGCGAUAAACAAGCAGUACUCUGUCGUUUCGACAAGAGCGGCGGUAUGUAUCUGUCGGGCACGAUACUGGGCAUGUCUGAAAAUGGUGUCGAGGUGAGAAACAAUGUUACGGGGGAGAGCGUUCUAGUUGAUUGUCCCGACGUCGAAUCACUCGAGCCGUCGGCAUUGGACGUCGUUCUCGACGUCGUACCGUCCGGAAAGCUCGUCAAUAUCGGUUGUCCAGUUUUGGUGCCUGUGACCGGCGUCCAAGGCGCUUUUGUCAAGGGACGCAUCGAGGACAAGACGUACAAACCACUGAAAGCGAAGGUUGCGUUCUUGGACGGGUCUGAGAGCGCCUGGUUUUCUCGCGAGGACACGAGAAUGAUGCAGUGUCCAAUACUCUACCAUGAGAUGAAUGCUGGCAUCAAUGACAAUCAAGGAGAAGAAGAAGAAGAUAAAGACGACGUAGUCGUUACCAAGUCUGCUCAAAGAAAGAGGAAGAAUCAGUCCCCGACGUCUCAAAGUAAAUACAAAAAAGGAGAUAUUGUUAGGCUGCCACACGGAGUCCAAAAGAAAUUCAAUGGUAAGCAGUGGAGGAGGUUAUGCGUGACUCCUGAUUGUAAGAAAGAGUCACAACGUCGCGGUCUCUGCGCUUUACACAUGGGAGGGCGACCUAGAGCCAAGAAGCCGGUGAGCUACAAAACGACUGAAGUCCCAGUCAUUGAGGCCGGAAAGGACGACGAAGUGUGUGAGAAAGGAAGAGACGAAGAGGACGUUGCUGCUGCUAGUAUUCUCGUCGAAAUGAGUCUCAAGAAGAAGCACUCGACGUCGAGUUCGUGUUCCGAUGUGAGCAGUGCUUCUGACCUCGGAUGCGCAUCCUUCACGCAGGGACGGCCAAAGAAAUCGGGUUUCGUGCCUUAUUUUGACGCCCUGCAGCAAGGAAGCUCUUUUAGCUCGUUCUUGCCAACUGCGUUGUCGUUGCCAGUUGCAUUGAAAGGGGAUUCCAGGUGCAAUUUACAUGAGUUGAUAAGAACAGGUGCAUACCACGGUGAGAUAGCGGCUUCUCUUGGAGUUGGUCCCUGUUUUCCAUACGUUGGAUUGUUCUCCUCUCCGACCUGGCUGGCAUACCGACGGCUGUACUUUCAAUCGUCAUCUCUCAUCCCACCAAUGCAACAAUGGGAGUAACUAGAACAGAAGGUGACGGUAAUAAUGAGUCUGUAUAAAAAGUAGAUUCUACGGUCAUGAAUUCGUUCAUGUUAAAGACUUUGUUGAGUUGCCCAUUUGUUUGGGUGUUUUAUUUUUUCAGUACUGGUGAAGAAGAGCGUAUGCAUGCUCUUAGUGAGGUACUUACGAAAAAGCUAGAAUUGUUAGAGUGUGUAGAGUUUGUCUUGUAAUGUAACUUACUAUGCAAAUACAUGAAAAUAUUGUGGAAACAGA